AUGAAAGAAGCCAUCAUCGACAAGACCGUCGCGGUCACAAUCCGCGAUGUUGACAUCCCAACUCCCAAGCCGGGCCAAGUCCUCAUUAAAGUUGUAGUAUCCGGCACAAACCCCAAGGAUUGGAAGCUUCCCAAAUGGCAACCUGACAAUGUCAUAAACCAAGGCGACGAUAUCGCCGGCUACGUCGAGGCCGUCGGUGAAGGAGUCCAGAAGUUCCGUAAGGGCGACAAAGUAGCCGCUUUCCAUGAGAUGUUGAGUCCAUAUGGAAGCUAUGCCGAAUACGCCAUUGCCUGGGAGCAUACUACCUUCCAUGUCACCGAGAACACCAGCUUCGAAGAGGCUGCCACCAUCCCUCUCGCGGGUAUGACUGCAGCAUUGGGUCUAUACCAAGAGCUCAAGCUCCCAUUGCCCUGGAGCCCAGCCGAGGAACCCACCCCACUGGUUAUCUACGGCGGCGCCAGCGCAGUAGGCGCAUUUGCCAUCCAAUUCGCCAAAUUAUCCAACAUCCACCCAAUCAUUGCCGUGGCAGGCAAGGCCGCGCCAUUCGUGCAGGGUCUCCUCGAACCGUCAAAGGGAGACACCAUCGUCGACUACCGUGAAGGCGACGAGGCCAUCCGCUCGAAGAUCAGAGCUGCUGCGAAUGGUGCGCCCGUGCACUACGCCUACGAUGCUGUGUCUGAAAAGGGGAGCUAUGCCAACUUGGGUGCUGCUUUGACCAAGCCUGGAGUUAUUACUACCGUGUUGCCUACCGAGAGUAACGAGGCUGCUGAUGGUAUUACGAUCCGUCGCACCAUGGUUGGGUCUGUUCAUAUGCCUCCUGCUGAGGGAAAGACACUUGGCGAUAAGGAAUUUGGAGCUGCCUUCUUCCAGUUUAUUGGACGGGGUUUGGCGCAGGGCUGGUUCUCUGGACACCCGUAUGAAGUGCGGAAGGGUGGACUGGCUGGUGUUGAAGGCGCACUCAGGGAUUUGGAGGCUGGUAAGGCCUCUGCGGUUAAAUAUGUGGUGAGGAUUGCGGAGACAGAGGGUGUACUGCAGUAG